UCCCUUUGAAGUUGAAUCACAGAAAACAAAAGAAAUGUCAUUACACUUGCACUUCUUCAUCCAUCACUGCCACUUCUCAUCUCUCCCAAAUCCCUCACUUUCUACCUUCCCAAAGUGUGAAACUCUUUCAGCCUCCUGCAGGCUAAAGAAUGGUGCCACCAAAGGGGUGUCCCGGCCCCGGCCCGCGACCCGAAGGCGCCUCAUUUCAUCAACCAAGACUGCCUUCCAUCCUGCAAUAUCAGCCUCUCUUGAUUUGACAGAAGACAAUAUCAAGCAGGUCUUGGUUGAUGCCCGGACGGAGCUGGCUCAACUGUUUGAUACUGAAGUGGGGAUAACAGGGAAAGUAGAAUUGGCAGAAGUUGAUGGACCAUAUGUGAAGAUCAGUCUGAGUGGCAAGUUUUGGCACAAACGUUCAACUGUUUUAGCUAGGCUUGGCAAUUACUUGAAGCAAAGAAUCCCUGAAAUCCUGGAGGUUGAUAUAGAAGAUGAGAAGCAGUUGGAUGAUAGCCCUGCAAGCUUCUGAUCUCAUCUCAUCUCAGGCUCUUCAACCCAAUUCUUUUGCCCUUUUAUUCAAUAUUGCCCAAUUCAAGGCCCUCAAAAAUACCAAGCCAUUACUUACUACUUUCAUAGUAUUACUUUUAUUCUGGUUUCUGAUCUAACUUUGUGCUCGGGUAUAAAAUCUUAUGAAAUCAUAGUUUAUUUAUGGAUUGCUUUGCAA